UAAGCUCCAGGUCUUUGCUUGAGUGUUGAGUGAGUUGCUGCUAUCCAACAGCCAUGAUGCUCCUAACUGCUCUCCUCUGUGGGCUUCUGUCCACAUCACAGCCUUUAUUUGUAAAGACUAAUGACAAUGCUGGCAACAAUAUUGAAGAUGAUGACUUCAGUGUCUCCACCCUGCUGGAAAAGGCUAAUGCUCACCUGGGGAAGAACUUGGAUGACCCUCUGGUGAUGUUUGGAGACAUUGCCGUGCCAACGGGUCUACAGAACGCUGAUCCCUGCACUGCUCGAGGCUGCCUGUGGAAUAAAGCCCAGGAUGGCAACGUCUACAUUCCAUACAGGAUUUCCAACGAGUUCUCUCAAAGAGAAAGAAACAUCAUCGUCAGAGGUCUGGAGUCAUUUCAUGACUCUACUUGCCUCCGCUUCAGGCCCCAGGAAAGGGAAAGAGACUUUGUGGACAUUCAGUCUCGCUCUGGGUGCUGGUCUUUUGUUGGCCGUCGUGGUGGCGGUCAGGUGGUGUCGCUGAUGCGCAAUGGGUGUGUUUUCCACCAGAUCGUCCAGCAUGAGCUGCUACAUGCUCUGGGCUUCAACCAUGAACAGACCCGCUCCGACAGGGACAGCCAUGUCCGCAUCCUUCUGCAGAACGUCAUCCCUGGACAGGAGCAUAACUUCAGGAAAAUCGAGACCAUUAACCUUGGCACUCCCUAUGACUACAACUCUGUCAUGCACUAUGGAAGGUUUGCCUUCUCUAAGAACAGAGAGCCAACCAUUGUUCCCAUCCCCAACCCAAAUGUAGAGAUUGGAAGAGCCACCCAGAUGAGUCAGACUGACAUCCUCCGGGUGAAUCGCCUCUAUCAGUGCAAUUCAAAGGCUCUUAAGAAUAAAAAAUCUGCAUCGGGAUUGCAGUUCCUCUGAAAGUUCAAAGACCAGUAGCAGACAUACAGAGGAGGCUGCUUGCUUUUAUUGGCUUCUCUGCUGACCUAAUAAAAAAUUAAAACGACUGAAAUAUCACUGCUUUUACUACAAAUACCCAAGAAUGGAUGCUUUCCAGCUUGAUGCAAUGCAAAUAUUAAUAAAACUAGCCAAAGUCAAAGA